AUGACGAAAAUAACAGAUGCAGCAACGAGACAGGCAGUUCAAAGUGCCCAUGACGCCGUUAGAACAGCUGUUGUGGAAAGUCAAGAAAAAGAGUUACAACAGACCAAAAGAGACCUAGUAAAUGCUUUCUUAAGAACGAAAAGUCAGGUAGGACAUUAUGCUGCAGAUGGAACAUAUGUGCCAGCUGGUGGAACUUAUAUACCAGCUGGUGGAACUUAUAUACUAGCUAGUGGAACUUAUAUACCACCAAACCCUCCAAGAGAAGCACCUGCACCAGGACUACCUAAAACAUUUACAUCGUCACAUGGACACAGACACAGGCAUGCACCAAAACCAACACAACAACCAACAGUUCAAAAUCCAGCACCACAACAACAACAACAACCAGCACAACAACCACCUCCACAACCAGCACAGCAACCAACAGUUCAAAACCCUGCACAACAACCACCUCCACAACCAGCACAGCAACCAACAGUUCAAAACCCUGCACAACAACCACCUCCACAACCAGCACAACAACCACAAACAGAGCAAGGACAUAAAAGAAGUAGAGAACAAGGAAACCAAGAUUUCUUAAAAAUGCUUAAGGAAGAAUAUGGUUACCCAGAUACUCUUGACUUUAGUGACAGAUAUAAAGAAGCUAUUAGAAAGUUCAAGGAAGGAAAUACAGACCCGAACCUAUUUAGCUUUAUGGUUCAGCACCAAAUGGGAUAUAAUUUCAAACCUGGAAAAUACAAGCUCGCUAAGGGAUAUGAUUUAAUAGCAUAUCAUCCAAAUGACAUGAACGAAUUUACUCCGAGAUAUUUGGUGUCAGAGCUAAAUGACAAUUCAACUCUCUUCAUGAAACGCGUAAAAAAUAGAGACGGAACGAAAGAAGAAAGGUUUAUGAGUCCGGAUGACUUAGAUAGGGAACUUUUUAAAAACGGUCUCGGAAUAUAUGAAAUGCCAGCAGAUGAGGUACAAGAAACUCAACAGGAAGAAGUUCAGAUACAACCAGACAUGGAAGAAAUAGUUCAGCAACAACAGCUAGAAGAGCCUGAAGGAAACGAACAAGUCCCUCCUUUGGAAACUAACCUCACAGAACUAGAUGAAGAUUUGGAACAGCCGAAAAAUCUUGACCCUCAACAAGAGUAUGAGGUGAAUAUGGAAUCUUUCCAAGAGUCUAAAAAAAAUUCGGCUGACAUAGUAGAAGAAUAUCGAAAAAU